GGAUCCAUAGAUACCAUAGCUAAGGCAGUAUUCUACACAUUUUGAACUAUUUUUGACUGAUUUGGGGAGGAGAUGCAGCAAACUACUCUGCAAGCGCAUAUCCAAUGAUUUCCAAAUUUUGCGUAGCUGGAGCAAUGAAUUCAUACAAACUCCAGGGAAGAAUUGUUUUUUGUGAAACCUUAACAGAUGGUUCCGCAGUUUUAAUGGCUAAUGGAUUGGGCAUCAUCAUGGCCGACUCAACUAUAGCUGACAGUGCUUACAAUUUCCCCUUGCCGGCAUCAGUAAUCAGUAGAGAAGAAGGUCAUGCAAUAUUAGACUACAUCAGAUCAACAGAGUAAAGAACCCUCCAUAGCUUUCUUUCCAAAUAUACAGCCAGCUUGUUCUGUCAUUAACUAAAAAAUGUGAACUUCUUCAGUAACCCGAUCGCGACAAUUCUAACUGGUGAGACCUGGAGGGAUGCAAUGGCACCUUAUGUUGCAUCAGUUUCAUCGAGAGGUCCUAACCUUAUCUCCCCAGAUAUCCUCAAGGUAAUAAAGCAUUCAAAGAGUUCAACUGACUUCAUUGUUCAUCAGUAAUCUUUUUUUGAUCAAAUAUCAUUAAAUGAUGUACAGCCUUAUCUCACUGCCCCUGGUGUGGACAUUCUUGUGGCGUGGUCUCCUGUUGCACCACCUUCUAUCUAUCAUGAGGAUACCAGAAGCAUCGAAUUCAAAGUAAUCUCCGGCACAUCCAUGUCUUGUCCUCACGCCGGUGGCGCUGCCUCCUAUGUCAAGGCCACCCACCCUGACUGGUCUCCCGCUGCCAUUAAAUCUGCCCUCAUGACCACAGGUAGGACAUACAUCCUUGCAUAAUGUGAGUAAUAAAAGGGUCAAGUUCAAUUCUCUUACGAACUAUUAAUCCCAUGAUCAACAAGAGCUUAUGUCAUGGAUCCAAGGAAGCAUGAAAACCUUGAAUUUGCUUAUGGGUCCGGUCAUAUUAAUCCAUCGAAAGCAGUAGAUUCUGGUCUUGUGUACGAUGCAAAUGAGACAGACAACAUAAACUUCCUUUGCAAGCAGGGUUACAACACCCCGACGCUAAGACUCAUCACUGGCGACAAAAGCAGUUGCAGCAGCCCAAUGCCAGGAAAAGCUCAGGAUCUUAACUAUCCUUCCUAGCUCCUUCUCCCUGGCCAUAGAAGAUGGUGGGGUAAUAUAUGGUAUGGUGUCUUCAGGACAGUCACCAAUGUAGGCUCACCAUCAGUUUACAUGGUCACCAGUUACUUACCUCAUGCUAUUAGAGUUACGGAGCCGCCUGUCUUGUCAUUCUCCUCCAUUGGAGAGAAGAAAUCAUUCACAGUGAAAGUGUCUGGUCCAAAGAUAAUGCAGCAACCGAUCAUAUCUGGUGCUAUCUUGUGGAAAGAUGGGGUUCACGUGGUGACAAGUCCACUAGUGGUCUAUAACAUUCUGCCUAGUAAACGUUAUCAUUCAUUCUCUAUGCAGCAGUUGAAAACAACCAUCGUAGGUUCUUCUGUGUACAACAAGAACGGAAUUCUUGGACGCAACUGAAUCUGAUCCAAGAAACUUUAUUGGACUUUCAAUGAGUAUUUGCAGAGUUGAAAUAAAACAAUAUCACAGGCAAAAUUUAUUCUUCAAAGUUAAAAAAAAAUAAAAAAUAAAUGCUGUC